AUGGAUUCUAAAACAAAUUAUAAUCAAUAUUAAUUAAGAGAUGUAGAAAUGGUAUAUGAGAAGGCAACAAGAAUGAUUUAAAGUUUGAAAGAAAAACACAAAUUAAUAACAAGGAUUAGACUCAUUGAUAGUGACAAAGCUAUAUUUUAGGAAUUAGCUAAAGGAAUGCCUUAAAUGAUUGAUUUAUUAAAAAGAGGUGGUGAUGUACAUUUAUUUUUUCAAAAAAAUCUUCCUUAUUUUGAAGUUCGAUUGAAUUUAGAAUUACAUACUGUAGAACCAGCAAAAAUGAAAGACUUUUUAUUGAAGAAAUAGCUACGUGAAUUAGGUCUAAAAAAUAUUUAAUAUAAAUCUAAAGAGUGUAGAGAACAUAAUAUUGAUGAUGAUUUUACAAAUUUGGAUGAUGAUUUCAAAAAAGAUGAAUGUGCUGAAUCAUUAAAAGAGAGAUUUGAUUCUUUUAAAGUUUAAGAUGAAUAAACUAUUAUAGAAAUAUUAAAGAAAUAUUUAAAAAAGAAUCUCAUUGAAACUUAUAAUAGAGAAUUAAUUGAUAUUAGAUUCUAUAUCAAUUAGGAUUUUGAAAUUAUAAUAGAAUAUAAGAUUAAUGAUAGUUAAUUAAAUCUCUUAAAAAAAAUUAAAAGAAGAAAAUGGAGUGAAAUUAAAGAUGCAGUUGCUCAUCUUUACAAUUAUUAAUAAUUUCAAGAGAUUACACUAUCUAUGAUUGAAUAAAUGUUUUAUGUAGAUGAAAUAGAAUUUUAGGAAUUAAGAUAUUGUAUCUCAUAAAUAGUUUAAGAUUGUAAAUCUAGUUACAAUCAAAACAUUAAAUAUCCUCUCUCAAUCUACAAAUCUAGUUAUUGGGAUAUAAUAGGAAUAUUACCUAGGAGUUUUAAUACACAUAAAAGAUUUGGAGAUUGCAAAAUUAUGAUUAUAUAAAAUUAAAGUAGACUUUUCUUUUUGAAUCAUUAAAAGAUAAUUUAAAGUGAAUUAAUACAAAAUGAUCUUUAUUUAUAUGAAACAUAUACUUAAUUAAUAGCAGAUAGUAUAUAAAGACUUGAAAUGAUUAAAAAGGAUGUUGGAUAAAAUAAUACUCAAAAUUUAAUUAAAUUGAUUAAAAAUAAAAUAGAAUUAAUAGAAAAAUUAGAAAUUAUUCCUGAAAUAGAAGAUGAAAUAAGAGAACUAUAAAUUUAAGAAAAAUACAUAUAAGAUUAAUAAAUCAACGAUACAGAUUAAGAGUUUACUUAAUUUCAUUAGAUGUCUGAAGAAAUUUAUGAAUAAGAAUAAGCUAAGCUUAUCAAAGAUAAAAUUGAAUAAACUAUUCAAAUUUAUCAAGAAUACUAAAGAGUUUUAAAUAAAAUUAAAAAUAAUGUAAUAAACUUUUAAGGAUAUAAGACAACUUAAUAAAAUAAAAUAUUUUUAACCAAAUAAUAUAAACGAGUGUUAUAAGAAAAAUAAAGAGUGUUUUAGAGAUUACCUAUUUAUUUUAAAAAACGUGAGUUGAUUGAUAAUAUACAAUCAAGUCAAGUAAUCCUUUUGAUAGGAGCUACAGGAUCAGGUAAAUCUACUUAAUUAGUAUAAUAUGUGUAUGAAGAAAUUGAGCUCAAAAGAAAAAUUAUAUGUGUGGAACCAAGAAUGAUAGCUGCUAGAAGUUUAGCAAAGAGAGUAGCAGAAGAGAUGUAUACAAAGGUUGGAAGAUGUGUUGCUUAUUUAAACGAAUUUGAUUAAUUAGAAGAUGAUAAUCAAAUUGUAUUCACAUAAGAUAGAAUCAUUUUAAAUAUCUUACAAAAAGAUCCUCUUUUAAAUGAUUAUGAAAUUGUAAUCAUAGAUGAAGCACAUGAAAGAAAUAUGAAUACUGAUAUUUUACUUGGAUUAUUAAAAGAUAUAUUGAAUAAAAGAAAAGAUCUUAAAUUAAUAAUUAUGAGUGCUACUAUGGAUGAAUAAUUAUUUAGUAAUUAUUUUUAAUGUAAAACAUACAAAGUUGAAGGUAAACUGUUUGAUGUAAAAAUUAAAUAUUCAAAUUCAUAUUAAGACAAUUACUUAGAAUAAAUUCACUAAUUAAUUUAUACCAAAGUAAUCUCUAAAGUUAUGUACCACACCUAUAAGUAAAGACAUGUACUUGUAUUUUUAGCAGGAGUAGAUGAAAUUAAUAGGUUACUUAAUUUAUUUUAGAGUCAAUAUGAUAUGAAAGAAUUUCUAUUUUUAGGAUUGCAUGGUUAAAUGACUUCAGAUGAAUAAUUCAAUGUUUUCUAAGAAACUAAGAAGAUCAAAAUUAUUUUUACUACAAGAGUAGCUGAAACCUCUCUUACUAUUAAUGAUGUAAGUGUUGUUAUUGACAUUGGAGUAGAUAGAUUUACAGAAUAUGAUUAGAGAAGAGGUAUGCAAAUUACAAAAAUUAAUUGGAUAUCUUAGGCCUAAGCCAAUCAAAGAGCAGGAAGAGCAGGAAGAACAAGAUCAGGAAAAUGUUAUAGAUUAUAUUCAGAAACUGAAUUUUAAACAUAAAUGUAAGAACAUAAGAAACCUGAAAUUUAAAGAUGCUGUCUUGAUUUAGUUGUAUUAAGAAUAUAAUCAUUUAAUAAAGAUCCAUUUGAAUUUGAAUUUAUACAAUCUCCUGAUUGCUAAGCCAUGAAAAAUAGUUAAGAAUACUUAAUAGAUAUUAAGGCAUUAGAUGAAUAAGGAAAAAUUACAAUUUUAGGAAAGUUUAUGUCAUAAAUCUAAACAGAACCAAGAAUGAGUAGAAUAUUAAUAGAAGCUUUUUAUAGAAAUGUAUUUAGAGAAACACUCUCAAUUAUUUGUGUUAUGUUAAAUAAUCAAUCAUUAUACUUGAAAAAUACAGAUAUAUCUAAUAAAAUAGAAGCUUUACAUGAAAUGGGAGAUUUCUUUACAUAUUCGAAAAUUUAUUGGGAAUUUGUAGCACUCACUAAUUCAAAUUAUUAGAAUUUUCAAAUUAAAAGUAUUUGUCUAGAAAAAGGAUAUCAUUAUAAGACAUUAAAAAAUUGUGAAAAAGCAUUUGAUGAAAUGGAGAAAGCUUUUAGUUAUUUUUCAAGACAAUUAUAGGAUAAUUAAGAAAUUAAAAAUUAAAUGCUUUGGAAUUCAGAUUCUACAAGAGAAGAAAGUGUAAUGACAUGUUUUUUAACUGCCUUUUACCCUGAUUUAUGUGUUUAUAAUGGAAGUCCCUAUAUUGGAUAUACAUUUGUGAAAUCAAAAAGAAAUGUAAGAAUUUAUGGAACUUGCACUUUAAGUUUAUUAAAUCAUUUUCCUAAAUACAUUAUUUGUUCAGAUCUUUAUUCUUCUAAUUAUUUUGAUUUUUGUAGAGUGGCUCAAGAAGUCAAAUUAGAAAAAUUAAAAGAAAUCUUAAAACCAGAUUAAAUUGAAGCAAUUGAGAACUUUGUUCCAAAUAAAUAUCAUUACUAAUCGCUUAAAAAUAUUUCAUCAUCUUUGUUAAAUCAUUUAUUACAUACUUUUAGUAAACACUCAUAUGAAGAGAAAGAGAAAAGAUUCUAGCAUUAUUGUAAUAUAGAUACAGAAAAUGGUCUUUUUGAAAUGUGGUCUUUAACACCAGUAGAUCUUGAAUCUUAUUAGAAGGAUUAUUAUGAAAAAAUGAAACAUUAUCUUUACUUUAGACUUUAUGGAUAAGGUAUGCUUGUUUAUUUCAGACAUGGAGCAUAGAUACAUGAUACAUUAUAAUGUACAGCAUCUGAAUUAGUUAUAGUACAAUUUACAACAUCUCCUUUUAAUAUUGAAGAAAUCAAAUAGAUUCUUGAAGAAUCAAAUUUAUAAUACUAAAAUCUAUUCUAAAUAAGUGCAAAUUAAUUUGGUUAUAGUGGAUAGAUAUUCACUAAUAGUUAAGAAUCUGCAAAUUAAAUAACUUAAGUUUUAAAUUAAAUGGCAAAAUAAAGAUUAGAUUAAUAUGAAGGACGACAAUGGUAAGAUAGAUAAAAAUUAUUUACAAUAAAACCCAAAGAAAUAAGAAAUAGAGUAAUCAGAUCAUCUGUAGAAUUAAUUUUUUAUGGUUGUUAUAAUAAAGGAUAUGGAUUUUUGUUAUUUCAUGAUGAGUAAGAAGCGGAAUAGUUUAUGGAGGAAACAUUUUCCAUAAUUUAAUUUAAAGGAAUUCGUUAGGAUUUGAAACUAGUUAAUUAGGAUUAAAAAUCUAAAAUAAAAAUAUCUAAUGUACCAGAUAAUGCAAAUGAAUAUGAAUUGUUAAGAUAUUUGUAAGACUUAGCCCAACACCAGAAUUGUCCUAAACCAUAUUAAAUUAAUUUAGUUGCUAAAGAUUAAGUUGAGCCGAAAGAUUGGUCAGAUGAAAUAAAUAGAUUAUUUGAAAAGUAUACUGGGGAAAAACCUUUACAUUUGGAUAUUCGACCUGAUAAAUAUAAUUAUCGAAUACUUGUGAGGGUAAUGACUUAGACAAAUCCAUUGAAAUUGGAAGAAAUGAGAAAAGAAAUAAACUUUACUAAUAAUAUAAUAGGUUGUUCAUCAGUAACUAUGAAAAUUGAAUAUAAAAUAAUAAAAUUGAUCAGUAAAAACAUAUUGGAUUAAAAUAAAGAAAAAAUUGAUAAUAUUAAAAAAGAAUUAUCUAAUAAAUAUUCAGAAGAUCUAUUAAGAAUAUUCUCAUCAGGUGAGAAUAUGAUCAUUAUUGGAAAGAAUCCAAAUUUAGUUAGAAAAGCAUCUUUGAUGUUACAUGGAGUAUUGACUGGAUAUAAUAUAUAAAUUAAUUUAAAGACACAUAUAUUUAAGUAGUUAUUAAUGGAUGAAUAAUUUUAUGAAGAUUUAUUAUCAUUAUAAGAGGGUCAUAGAUUUAAGUAUAAUAUUAGGUUAUUAUAAUGGGGUAAAAUAAGAGUGUAUAUGGAUUAAGAAUCUUUAAUUGAAAUUUAGAAUGCAAUUAAAUAAUUAAUUACAUAAUAAGUCUCCAGUAGUCUUAUUGUAAAUGUAAGUAAUUAUUCAUUUAAACCUUUAUUGACUACUAAAGAAAAUAUUAUGUUCAUUUUGUAAGAAAAAUAUAAAGUUAAUAUAGACUUUGUUCUUUUUAAAAAGCAAGUAAUCAUUUAUGGAAAUAAUUAAUAAGCAUAAAAAUGUAAAGAAGAAUUAUUAAGAUCCCUAUAAAAAUCUCUAGAAAAUUAAAUAUAAAAUGAAUGCGAAAUUUGUUAUGGUGAAAUGACUGACAAAUAUAUACUUGCUCUUUGUAAUCACAGUUUCUGUAAAAGUUGUCUAUAUGAAACUAUAAAAGCAUAUAAUAUAUCUCCUUAUAAAUGUCCUUAAUAAUAAUGCGGUAAUACAAUAAGUCUUUAUGAUCUUUAAUAAUUAUUAUGUGAAAUAGAAUUUUCAAAAUUAUUAGAUUAAAGUUUUAAAAGAUAUAAAGAUCAACAUGCUGAUGAGUACAUAGGAUGUAUUACACCUGAUUGUGAAGAAUUCUUUAAAAAACUACCAUAAAAUAAAGAAUAAUUUUAUUAUUGCUAAAGUUGUUUAUAAUCAUUUUGUUUACUAUGUAAGAGAAAUGCACAUCCAAAAAUUAGUUGUGAAGAGGCUAAAAAGUUAUAUAUUGAAGGAAAAGAUUUAGAUGAGUCAGAAUUACUAAAACUUAAUAUCAAAAAAUGUCCAAAAUGUCAAACGGGAGUCUAGAAAAAUGAAGGAUGUAAUCAUAUGACAUGCUAAAAUUGUAAAAAUCAUUUCUGUUGGAUCUGCCUACAUUAAGCUGAUCAUGAAAAAUAUAUUUACGAUCAUUUAAGUAAAUAACAUGGAGGAAUAAAUGGAUGA